AUAAAUCUCAGUGGGGACAAGCUGCCUUUGCCUCGCUGGGAGAGGCUCUGUGGGAAGUUUCAGCAGUGUGUAACUGGAGGUUGUGAUAGGAUAAUUUCCAUUAAAUCCCUGGCUGCCUUGCCUGCCUGCUGGGAGUUGCAGAGGCUCAGUGGUCUGUCCUUGUUCCCCCACAGGGGACUGGGCUCCUCGGCCCGCAGCGCCCGCGAGGACAGCUGGUUAAAAUCCCUCUUCGUGCGCAAAGUGGAUCCCAGGAAAGACGCCCACUCCAACCUCCUGGCCAAACGAGAGACCAGCAGCCUGUACAAGCUCCAGUUUCACAAUGUCAAACCUGAAUGUCUAGAAGCCUACAACAAGCUCUGUCAAGAGGUGCUGCCAAAGAUUCAUGAAGAAAAACACUACCCUUGUGCUCUGGUGGGGACUUGGAACACGUGGUACGGAGAGCAAGAUCAGGCUGUUCAUUUGUGGAGAUAUGAGGGAGGUUACCCAGCUCUCAAUGAGGUCAUGAGCAAACUUCGUCAAAAUAAGGAAUUCACAGAAUUCCGUAAGGAGAGGGGUAACAUGCUCCUCUCCCGUAAGAACCAGCUCCUGCUGGAGUUCAGCUUCUGGAAUGAACCUGUUCCCAGAGAUGGCCCUAAUAUUUAUGAACUGAGAUCCUACCAACUCAGACCUGGAACAAUGAUUGAAUGGGGCAAUUACUGGGCUCGUGCAAUUCGGUUCCGACAGGACAGUAAUGAAGCAGUUGGGGGAUUUUUCUCCCAGAUUGGACAGCUCUACAUGGUCCAUCACCUUUGGGCUUACAAAGACCUGCAAACCAGGGAAGAUAUAAGGAAUGCAGCGUGGCACAAACCUGGCUGGGAUGAACUGGUUUAUUACACAGUGCCCCUUAUUCAGGAGAUGGAGUCCAGAAUCAUGAUACCCUUGAAGAUUUCUCCACUGCAGUAAAGUCACUGAUUUUCUUGUGCCUACAUAGAUGAAGUGACAAGUAUUUGUCUUAAUUUAUGGUAUACACUGUAUAUCAUAGUCUGAAAUAUAAAAGUACUGUAUUGAGCUUAUAAAAGAGACCUCUUUUCUUCAGAACCCACGACCUUCUGCUCUUGGGGGAGGGAAAAAAAAUAUCUACAGAACUGUGAUUAAAAGGUUGGUGAGUUGAAAACAAGUCCAAAUCUGUGGGCCAGGUCCCCAGUUAAUGUGUGACCUGCAGGAUUUGCAGUCUUCUGCUCCCACAGGCACUGCCCAGAGCUCAGGAACAGCACUGCUGUGAGCAUUUAAUGACUGCAGCUUUCCGAAACAAACGUGGGAGUGAAAGGAGGAGCUCUGGAGAAAUGAGAAUUUCAUUUCAAAUUGUGAAACGAGCGGCUCUGGGAUUGCUGUGAAAUCACCCCUGGCUGGUGGAGCAGGCCUGAAAUCAGCAAAUCUCCAUUCCCAAAGCAGGCAGUCAUUAAUUUGGGAUAAUCCUGUGUGGCAGGGGAUGGAUUUUGGACAGAAAGGGGCGUUGCAGGGUCUCUGAGCACACAUUGUUGUGGAACCUCCCCCCGGAAUGAAUCCCACGCAGGGUGAGCCACGCUUCCCCUACAGACACUGCCUGAACACCCUGCAGGGAAUCAAUCCUCUCCAAAGCAUUUCCCUCCCCAAACAGCUCCAAAAUCUGGGAAAAGGGGUUGAAUUUAAUAAGCACUGCAGGUUCAGGCUUGGAGGGGGGCUGCAGUCCCCGUGGCUGGGUUGGUGUGUGAAGCUGGGGUCGGCAUUUCCGUGUACCAUGGUGUCCAGUUCUGUUUUGGUUUCACUUUUAGGCUAGAAUGUAUCCACACUUUUUGGUGUCUGCAACGAUGUGAACAUCCUGUAAGUGACAAUAAUAUUCUCUCUCUCUCAAGUGGCUCCAAGAAUCAGUGUAACAUACUGAAUGUACAAAUCAGUUCUGAAUGUCCAGUUUGUACAUUUCAAGAAGUUUUCAGGAAGAACAUAUCAGUCAAUAAAAGCCUUUUAAUUUUCA